AUGGAAGCAGUUCGACGAAUGCUGAGAUAUGUGAAGGGUACAAUUGACUAUGGUAUUUUGUACAAGAAAGAUAAAGAGUGCAAGCUAGUUGGUUAUUGUGAUGCUGACUAUGCAGGAGAUUAUGAUACUCGCCGAUCAACUACUGGGUAUGUGUUUAAGCUUGGGUCAGGAGUGAUUUCUUGGUGUAGCAAAAGACAACCAACUGUAUCUUUGUCAACAACAGAGGCGGAGGAAAAAGUUCUGCAAGAAGAAAUUGGGUUGAAGCAGAUCAAGACGGAGGAUCAAGUUGCCGAUUUGUUCACAAAAGGCUUGAGCGUCAGCAAAUUUGAAAACUUUUGUCAUCAGCUAGGCAUGGUGAGUUGUCUUGUCAUAUUCAAUAGGGAAAUGGAAGGACCAGAUUUGGGUUUGGGCAAUCGAGCUGAGAAGACGGGUGUUUGA